AUGUCUUUAUUCUUUAUAAUUGACGCAUUCGUUCGAAGUGGUGAAUGUACCAAACAACUGCCCCUCGUUUUUGUUUUAAUGUCAAGGCGACGUACUCGUGUGAAGAAAUUUGUCAUGGACUUUGAAGCAGCAACAUGGCAAGCACUGUCUCUGGCAUGGCCGGAUGUGAGAAGACAGGGAUGUGCAUUCCAUUUCACUCAGGCCAUCAUGAAGAACAUGCGACAGAACAAAUUAGCAAGUUUGUAUAACAAGGACAUCGGGACGAGAGAUUUAAUGAAGCAAGUCAUGGCCCUGUGUUAUAUUCCAGAUAUGUUCAUCCCGUCGCUGUGCCUAUCUCUGCGAGGCAAAAUGACCACCGACGGGUUGAAUAGAUUUGCCGAAUAUUUCGACAGGACAUGGCUGAAGAACUCAGUUUGGAAACCAAAAGACUGGUCAGUAUUCGACGUCGACGUUAGGACUAACAACCAUUUGGAAGGGUGGCAUCGGUACUUCAAUAGCAUAGCACGGACAAAUAUGCCUUUUUAUAGCCUUAUAUCCAAGAUUCACGAGGUCAACAUUGCGGUGGAAUCAGAUGUAGCAGAAGUAAUGGAGGAAAAUCGAAAUGGCGAUGUCGAUGGUCAAUUAUAA